AUGCCUGGUCACACACAGGGCUCACUCUGAACAUUGUCAGACAGGCAGAGGACAGAGGGACAUUGCUACGUGGAAGAGAAGGAUAACAUCUACAAAAGCAGUCACAAAAGAGAGAAAAGAGAAGGAUAAGGAAGGGAAGAAACAAAGGGAAAAGAGAGCAAGCAAGAGAGAUAAAGGAGCUGUGAUCCACGGUGACGUCAACCACCGCCUUACCAGCUGUCCAACUCCAUCUGCAAAGCUUGUCUGCCUGUCUGUCAGUCAGUCUUUGCGCGUGCAAAGCGUGUGUCUCCGAUUGUUGCUGAAGUGAAUCACUGAAGAAAAAUGGCCCCCAAAAAGAAGGCUUCUCGCCCCAAGGUGGAAGUUGUGGCGCCGCCACCGGCGACAGAAAAUGUGGUGACGUCACCCGAGAGCCCUGUCGUGUUGUCGUCGGAGGGCGUGGUCGUGUGCGAGGGCGUGAAGAAGCUGGAGGCGCCGCUCAACGUGGAGCACCUCAACCGCCUCAACGGCCUGCCCCUCCAACUUCCUUUCCCUCCUCCAAUCCUGCGUCCCGGUGAGAGGGGGCUGGGCAUCGGCAACGAGCUGACCCGCCCUCUCCACAGCGCCGCCAUGCUGGAGGAGCUGAGCCGCAUGCGCCAGGAGCGCUUCCUCACCGACAUGGAGCUGGCCUGCAAGACCAAGGCCUUCGACGUGCACAAGUUGGUCAUCUCCUCGGUCAGCCAGUACCUGAGGGAGGUGCUGGCCAAAGACCCAACACUGAAACGCCUGGAGCUGCCCACAAUCUCCCCCCUAGGUCUGGCUAACGUGAUCACCUUCGCCUACCUGGGCCGCGUGCACAUGUCUCUGUACACGGUGGGCUGCACCCUGUGGGCCGCCAUGGUGCUGCGCAUCCCCCACCUGCUGCAGAUGUGCAGCGACUUCCUGCUGGCCGAGCUGAGCAUGCAGACGUGCGUGUACAUCUGGAACAUCGCCACCGCCUACGGCCUGAACCCCGUGCGCGAGGCCUCGCGCCGCUACGCGCUGCAGAACUUCGCCCAGUUCGCCGAGACGCCCCAGUUCAACCAGCUCACCCUGGAGCAGAUCGUCUCCUUCUUGCAGGACGACGCCCUUGUGCUGCCCUCAGAGAUCACCACCUUCCAGGUGGCUAUGAAGUGGCUGGACUUUGACCCUCAGCGUCAGGCCCAUGCAACCGAGGUUCUGUCCCAUGUGCGCUUCGAGACCAUCCCGGCCAGCGAGCUGGUCAGCGAGGUGCAGCCCGUGGCCCGCAUGAUGCUGGACCCACAGUGUCACCGCCUGCUGGUGGACGCCAUGAACUACCACCUGCUGCCCCACCAGCAGAACCUGCUGCAGACCAAGCGCACCUCCGUGCGCGGAAGCCAGGUGGCGCUGCUCACCAUCGGCGGACGACCAUCGCUUACGGAGAGAACACUGAGCCGUGAGGUUCUGUGGAGAGACCCUCGUGACGGUGUGGCUUCCUGGCGUCACCUGACCCAGCUUCCUGCUAAGAGCUUCAACCAAUGUGUGGCCGUGAUGGACGGCUUCCUGUACGUGGCCGGAGGAGAGGACCAGAACGAUGCUCGUAAUCAAGCCAAGCACGCCGUCAGCACCCUGAGCAGGUACGACCCCCGCUUCAACACCUGGCUGCACCUGGCCAGCAUGCGCCAGAAGCGCACCCACUUCAGCCUGGUGGCCACCAAGGGGCGUCUCUUCGCCAUCGGCGGCCGCAACACCGAGGGCCUGCUGGCCACGAUCGAGAGCUACACGCCCUCGACCAACACCUGGCAGAUGCGCACGCCCAUGGAGGCCCCCCGCUGCUGCCACGCCAGCGCCGCCAUGCCCUCCGGCGACGUCCUGGUCACCGGCGGCUACGUCAACUGCGCCUACACGCGCUCCGUGGCCGUCUACAGCGUGGACAGCGACAGCUGGCAGGAGGCGGCGCCCAUGGAGACGCCGCGCGGAUGGCACUGCAGCGCCGCCCUGGAGGGCCGCGUGUACGUGGCGGGCGGCAGCCAGCUGGGGCCCGGCGGCGAGCGCGUGGACGUCCAGACCGUGGAGGUCUUCCGGCCCGAGGAGGAGGGCGGCGCGUGGAGCCGCAUGGCGCCGCUGCCGCUGGGCGUGAGCACCGCCGGCCUCUCGGUCCUGGGCGGCCAGCUCUUCCUGCUGGGCGGCUGGAACGAGGCCGAGAAGCGCUACAAGGCGGCCGUGCAGCGCUACGACCCCAAGACCGACAGCUGGGCGUCCGGCGAGGAGCUGCCCGAGCCCACCGUGGGCGUCUCCUGCUGCGCCCUGGCGCUGCCCCCUCGCCACGCCUCCCGCCGCCACCGCAACACCCCCAACUCGCCCAACAACGCAUCAAUCAUCACUCCGCCAAACACCUCAGUUAGCCACGACGAGCAGCCUACAUCUGCUUGAAAGGAAGGACAGAGAAAGGGAGAGAAAGAGAGAGAGAGUAGUUGCAGAUAAGAACAGUAGAGAAGAGGAAAGGAAGGGAAGAGAGAUCAGGAGGAAGGGCGAAGAGAAGGGAGGAGAGUCUGAGCAGGACAGGGCAGAGGAAAUGAGGAUAGAGGUGUUCUUGAGUACGGAGGAAUCAAAUCAGGGCCCACGUCAUUAAAGAAUGUGAAAUGACCUUCUGAAGUCAGCAUUCAGUGUCUACAACAUGAGUGCACGAAAGUCUGUGAUGUAGCCAAGUCUGAGUGUGUGUGUCUGAGUGUGUGUGUGUAAGUGGAUGAGUUGACUGAACUUGUGUAUCUGAGUUUGUGUGAGUGAAUUUUAGCAUUUGAGCCACAAUGUUCUUUGACAAAAAUAUCACCUAUGCACUUCUUGCCCGAGAUUAGAACAUGAGCAUAUUAUCUCUGCAAAUGACAUC